AUGGCUGGUUUGUUCUCACUAGGAGGAGGAAGAGGAAACAACCAAGAAGGCGGAGCAUCGCAACAACAACAACAUCAGCCAGGUCAGAUUCCUCCUCAAGAGACUCUAUUCUGGUACAACAAAAACGAUGAUGUUUCAUCUUAUAGAGGAAAUUUAGAACUAUGGAACCAGCACCAACAGCACCAUCACCACCACCAACAACAACAACAUGAUCAUCAACAAGGUGAAGAAGGUGUUAUAGCAGGACAUGCUGCACGGCCGUUUUUCUCGCGAGAUCUGUAUGGAUUAGGCGUGGGACCGAGUAGGGUUUCAUCAGAUGAUCAACAACAUCAGACGUUGAAUAUGGGGAUGAGGUCUUCUUCAUCUGGCGGUGGUGGUGAAGGGAUAAGUUGUCAAGAUUGUGGCAACCAAGCUAAGAAAGAUUGUCCUCACAUGAGAUGUAGAACUUGUUGCAAGAGUCGUGGAUUUCAGUGUCAAACUCAUGUGAAAAGCACUUGGGUUCCUGCUUCACGACGCCGGGAAAGACAACAACAGUUAUCAUCUUCUUCAUCUUUACAACGAGACAUUUCUAAACGCCCCAGAGACUCCAACGCUCUUGUUUCCACACGCAAUUUUCCAUCAGGUUUAGAGGAAGCAAAUUUUCCUGCUAUUGUAAGCUCACCAGCUGAGUUCAGGUGUGUAAGGGUUAGCUCAAUAGACGAUGCAGAUGAAAGGUUUGCAUAUCAAACGGCUGUCAACAUUGGAGGACAUUUGUUCAAAGGAAUUCUCUAUGAUUUUGGUCCUGAAAACACUAUCAACAACAAUAACAAUACUUAUAAUAAUAGUAAUUACAUGAUUGGCGAAACCUCCGGGGGCGGUGUUCCCGUUGCUCAACCGUUGAACCUGAUCGCCGACUCUGAUACCACUGUUGUUUCCUCGGGAGCACUUGUUGAUCCUUCUUCCUUGUAUUCGGCUCCGAUGAACGCCUUCAUGUCGGCUAGUGGUACGCAAUUCUUCUCUCGUCCAAGAUCUUGA